CCCUUUUUCACCGGCAUGGUUUCAAUCCCGCGCUGCCUGAUUUUAGUACCUGCACAGAAGAUUCUUUUGGCUAAUUCAAUAUCCGCAGUUAUCUUUCACAACUCGACCUAGACCCAUCUAUCAUCAACCUUUUACAGAAACAGCAACAGUCGAUUGUCGAUUUCCAACUAUCGCAUGGUAACUUCCAGCAGCUUGUAACUCCCAUGACAAGGCGCGUGACAGCCGGAGUCUGUGGAGAUGGGCAAAAAACAUUCGGCCUCGUAGAACUUGCUCAGACAUUACCUCGACUGGAAAAGUUCGCCCUACUCUUGCCAAAAGAACUUGACGUUUUUUUGCUCGAAGACUACUGGAGCAGGUGCUCCUACAGCACCCUUUUCCAGAACAAACAGAUUGUCUCCCGCGAAUUGAUGUUCGAUGGCUAUUUACCCGGAGGGUUCGUUUCCGCCAUACCUCACAUCUUCAACCUCUCCCACAUAACUAGACUUUCUCUCUACGCGGAUAAUUUUUGGUACUGGAAGCCGCUUUUCAGCUCCCCAGAGCUACGAAACCUGACACAUUUCGACUUUCACUCUCCGGAUAGUUUUGACGUUAGAAAGAGUAUGGAUUUUGAAGAUUUGUUUACGCAGAAUCAAAAUCUCCAGCACUUGAGUCUUCAUAUGCGGUUCUUGAAAACAGUGCCAUUGGAGCCACUGCUUGCAGAUGAUGGGUCGACUAUGAGUUCAUACAUCUGGCCGUUAUGUCCCAGGCUGAAGUCUCUCUCGCUGUUCGAUUUAUGGUCUGUGGAAAAGAGGGUUUCCUAUUUUCCUUCCAUGGCAUCACUGGAUGCGAUUUGCGAUGAGCUUGGUGCUUUGGAGCAAUUUGGAUUGCGCGUCGCGGAAAUAGGGGGGUGUCUCCUGGCCGAUGCGCACGACAGACAGAAAUAUGUCCUUGGACAACUCGUAAGUUUGAGUCACGUGGGUUGUUACUAUGGAAAUAUUGACAAACUGUGCUAGAAACCGAUUGGCAAGCUUAAAAACUUGAAAAUGCUGCAUCUCUACCAGGACCGUCUUCGAAUCAUCGAUCCCGACCAACCGAGAAGAAACGUAGCAGCCGAGACCCAGCAACUCGCCACAAUGCUCUUUCAAUGGGCGCACGUGUUGUGUCCUGACCUCGAAGU